CCGUCGGAUCGUGAGCACGUUAAAAGAUGUCGCUGUCGCGCGUCGAGUCUUUUGAUCGCGAACCAAAAUAAACAAAUUAAAUAUAAGCGAAAGUGUUUCCCCGGUACAAAAAAAAAAUAAAUGACAAUCAGUCGAGUUAAUAUUAGCUAUUAUAUUAAGCAAAUCUAAACCAAAGUGACGAGUCCAACAACAAAGCUCAGUGAACCCGGAAAAUCAGUUUGGAUAUUGUGGAAAGUAGUCCGUAAGCGUCUGCUUAUCAUACGGAUGUUCAUUGGCCAUGUAGUGAACCCAGUGAAACUUUUGACUUGUGACACACUCAUUUCCUUUGGCCGCAACAACUUAUCAGUGCGCACAAAAUGCACUCGACAUAAUCAACAUAAAGUAAAAGCAAGCCAGUGCAUAAAUAAGUGAGCAAAAAUCCAGACAAAACAACGAUAAAAAUGCGCCCGAGUGGCUGGGGAACUCUGCUGCUACUGCUGCCUUUUUGUGUGGUGAGUGCGGUCCGCCAGUUGGAUGAGAAUCAGAGCACCAAGAACGAUCACCUGCAAUCCGGAGAGCGACAGGUGCGUCGCCGUAACCCGAAGAGCAAUGCCUCCGCCGAUCACCAUCGUCAUCCGAAGAAGAACAGUCGAAGUCAGUCCAUAAGCCUCGAUUCGGAUGACUACGACUGGCUGGAUGCGGAUACCAGUGAGGCCAUCGAUAGCAUGGAAGCCACGGCUGUAGAAUCUGUCAAACCGUCCGGAGAUUCACAUGAUAUCUUCACAUGUUGCAAUCAGGUCUUCGGCUCAUGUCGCACAGCAUGCGAAAAUUUAUCUCUGGUUGAGUUUGCCACCGGCGCUGGAGGCGAUAAUCGCGAGGAGCUGCGCAAGUAUUGUCAACUGCACCAAGUGGAAUUUUGGACUUGCGUCAAUCAGACUUUCGAUGCGGUCACCCGUGGAGCGGACUGGUCCGGAAGACGAUGUUGCCAAUUUGGCGUUCUGCCCCAUUGCCGCAAUGUCUGUGCCACUUCGAAUCGCUCACCUGUGCAAAAUUGCCGGCGAAGCGAUGAGCAGAUGCUAUACGACUGCCUGGAGCGCCAGGAGGCAGCAGAUCAGUGCUGUGGCCAAGCCAGAACCUCUGAGUGUCUGGAGGCUUGUCGAGCCGUUUUUGAACCCGCGAAUGACAAUCACGACCAUGUGGAUAUUAAUGGGGCCUGUGGGGAUCGCAACGCGGAUGUGAUUCAGUGCAUAAACAACCACACAGACAUGUCUCCACUGGCGAAUGCAGAGCAGUAUUUACCCUGUUGUGAGUACAGCACCAAGGAGCAUUGCCGGCAUACGUGUCGGAACCUUCUUCACCAAAAUGCCACCUUAAUGGAAAGGAGUGAGGUGAUUUUCUCUCGAUUAGAGGCAGCAGGAUGUGGCUCUCCGUUACCCCAACUUCCCUUCUGGCAGUGUUUCCUUACGGUUACUGGAAAGCUAUAUGUUCCGGGUGGAUCGGGAAGAAGUGCGGGAUCUUUAUCCCAAGGACGCAUAACUGGGCAGGGAAAUUCGCUAGGGGAACCCAAUCACCUAGGAAUGGAUGCAGCUAAAAGGCAGUGCUGUGAGCAAGCCAGUAGCCACAAGUGUAGAAGAUUGUGUAACCAGAUCUUCACCAGCAAUUGGUGGGAUGCACGAUCCAGUUUCGAGAACGAGUGUAUGGAUCAGCCAGCGGAAAGGGAACUCCGAAGAUGUAUAGAGAGUGUUGAUGCACCUUGUGAACUGGGAUGUCAGGGUCUUAGUUUUUGCACCAAUUUCAACAAUCGACCCACGGAACUCUUUCGCAGUUGUACACCAGAACAUGAUGCAGCUGCUCGAGAGGAUUUACAGCUCCUGCAACAGCGAGGAACGGUUAGGGUCCUGGGACAGGAGCUCUUCAUCAAGAACACCAGUCGAUGUGCUCCUGAAAAAUGGCAGGCGUUGGUUUGUGCCCUCCAACUAAAACCCUGCACUCGAAUGGGACUCUUCAAUGGCAUCUGCAGUGAGGAUUGCCACGAGCUACUGGAUGAGUGUCUGGAUUGGACAUUGCAGCACCAGCGACCAAAGGAUAUAUGUUCUAGGCUAAAAGAAAAAGAUGAAGAUGCUCCACUGCCUUGUAUUUCUUUGGAGAGCUAUCUUAAACCAAGUACUGCAAAUCCCGAGGAAUCCCAAGAGAUAACCUCACCAUGCUCGAAAAAACCCUGCAAUGGCAGCGAGGUGUGUAUUCUGCAGCGGGGUGGAAAUCAGGGAUACUCCUGCAUACCUGGUUGCAAUUUGGGACAGGACUCCAAACUAUUUGUGCCAUUCGGCGCGUAUGUGCGACUUGGAAAGAGCAAUAUCCACAAGAAAAGCGAAGUGGGUCAGUUUCCUUUGGCCGAGCAUAUUGUGUGCUCUUGUGGCUUAAAAGGACACCUGGAGCAAUGUCAACCUUUACCGAGCUAUAUGCAUGCCCACUGCAUCCUUCCUGGUGCCAGAAGCUACCGCCAUGGAUCCUCAUUCUACCUGGAGUGUAAUCUUUGCAGUUGCUUUGCCGGGGAGAUCACUUGCACCAAACAGCAGUGUCGUCUGCCGGGAUUCGUGGACUCGGGAUACACCAGUCUGCCAUGCAAUUGUCCAGCUCAUUACGUUCCCGUUUGCGGCUCCAAUGGGAAUACUUAUCCCUCGGCCUGCGUUGCCAAGUGCCAUUUACCGGAGGGGGACUACGUCUACGGAGCCUGCAAUGCAAGGAAUGCCUGCCAGGCAGCACCUCCAAAUAGUUGUCCCCCUGGAACCCAAUGCUUGGACAACAGGAAGGUGUGCCUGGCCAGCAUGCAGCGACCCUGUCUACAAUAUGUGUGUGUCAACGCCACCGCUUCGAACUGUUCGCCCUUCCAUCAGGGGGAGGUUUGCGAUACUCAAGGACGCACACACCCCAAUGCCUGUGCUCUGCUAAAAGCCAAUCCCGAAGGUCAAGUGGCCUAUUGGUCUGCCUGUCAAUCGAGUCGCUACUCACCUUCUCCAGUCUGUGGAAUCAAUGGAGUCACCUACAAGAGUAGUUAUGCGGCCAGAGCGGAAUACGUGUUGGUGGAUUAUGUGGGUCGCUGUCGGGAGGUGGGUUUGCUGGCCAGCGAUAUGGGAAGACGGUGUCGAACUGUCCAGUGUCCCGCUCCUGUCUCUAAGCAUUGUCGAUUGAUUGUUCCACCGGGAGCAUGUUGCCCUCUGUGUGCGGGUGGCGCCUUUAGGAUUAUUUACUCCAGAAAGCAAUUCGAUAGGGCCAUGUAUGGGCUGAGGGCACAGAGCAGCACUCUGUUGACCCUGCAUGGAGUGCUCCAACAACUGGAUGGACUUGUUCAGGUCAGCGAAUGCCAGCUGACUGGAUUCCUCACCAUGGAGGUGGGCAUCUUUGUGGCUUUGGUGCCCUCAAGUAGCAUUAAACGACCCACGCGUCUUCAACUGGAGGCCUGCGCAAGAGAAGCAGAGAAGAUAUCGUCCCUAAUCAACGCACAAUCACCUAGGAUCACCACCAAUCUAGCCUUAUCCUGUUUGACGGUUUCGCAUCUACUAGAACCCACGCCAAAUGGAGCAACAUCCUAUGGUUCUCACACCAUGUGGUUGCUCUCCCUACUUUUGUUAGCUUUUAAAUUAAUCAUAUUCUAAGUUAGUCUAAGGAGGAGCGUGUAUGAUCUGACUCAAUCAAGUGAAUUCUUGGUGCCAAUUAAUCUGUUAGUCUAAGAAGACGGUAAGUGCCUUCAACUGUUAGGAAUUGACCCUCUAUACCAUGUGAUAUUAGCUAAAUUAAUCGUUAAGCUUUAAGUGGCAGAUCCGAAAAGAGAAAUGUCCUUUUUAUACUUAUUGUUUCGUACAUGCCAGGGACCGGAUUUUCAAAAUCAAUGUUAUAUACUUAAAAUCUUCAUCUUAUUUCUAAAUUAGAUUGGUUUCAUAAUUUCUAUAAUUUCCUAACUUAAAAUAAAUUAUUCGAAAUGUAGUAAACCUAAAGUUUUUAAAAUGAAUAGACACUUUGGUUUCCUGAGAUUAAAUAUAUUUAAUGAAGUAACUAGUACAAAAAGAGAUUUGAAAAAUACUUAACUGUUCAAUUGUAAUAUAAUUUUCUGGUCCCCGGCAAGUGUUCGUUUAUGACCAAAGCAACGUCCGUUUAAGAGUAUCGCUAGUCUAAUAAAAUCCCUUAAAUAAAACACUGACCUGA